CAUUAACUUCCUUGUUAGAAUUCCUUCUCGUGGUCUCAGGAGACGUUCAAAAUUAUAAUGACAGAAAAGACAAUGGCAUCAUCAUUUUGUAAAGAAGUUUGUACACUCUGUCAAGACGAAGCUGUAUCAAACCAGGCAGUCACAUGGUGUACAGAAUGUGAAAUUUUCUUUUGUAUGGAUUGUGACAAACAUCACAAAAAGUCACCAUCAUCUAAAUACCACAAAAUUAUGUCUACAGAAGAGUACCACAAGCUACCUGCAUUCAUGCAAGAAAUAAGCAGCCAGUGUCAAGAGCAUAAUAAAAAGUUUGAACUCUAUUGUUCCUUCCAUGCAUGCCCUUGUUGUGUCCAGUGUGUUACCAAACAUCAGAAAUGUCAAGACAUCAAGCCACUGUCAGAUAUCCUCACAAAUGUAAAAUCAUCUGCCUCAGUCCAACUACUUGAAAAAGAUUUAAAGGACCUAAAGGAAAACUUUGGUGAGAUUGUAAAGUUUUUGAAACGCAGGAUCAAUACAAACAAUAUUCAGAAAACAGCAGCAAUUAAAGUCAUUCAUACUAUGAGGAGGUCAUUAGAUCAUUACCUAAAUAGACUAGAACAGCAAAUUCUUGGAGACCUGGAAUCUAAACACUCAAAGCUGAAACUCAAUAUGAACACUCUUCUUAAACAAUUGGAACACAGAAAAGUUAAGCUACACACACUGCAGGAAGAAUUUUCCAAAAUGACACUAUAUGCCAAUGAAUUACAAAUGUACAUUGGUUUGAGAGAAAUUGAGAAGACAACAUCUCAAGCAGCGAAAUACAUAGAAGAUGUAGAGAGUGCUGGCCUCUUGAAUGAAAAAAACUUGGAAAUUAAAAUAUCAUCUUCUUUACAAUCAAUCUUACAAGAUGUUAAAUCAUUUGGAGAUAUAAAUAUCACAACUAGUUCUUCUACUGUGCAAAUCAAGGCCGGGAGAAAGGAUCAGGCUCAACGUUUAGUUCCGACUGUCCUUGGAAUUGAAAAUAUUGAGCUAUCAUUAAUGAAGUCAGUGACGUUUGCCGAAGAGAUUGGCCUUGUAUAUAUAAAUUGCUGUAGAUUAUUACCUGGUGGGAAAAUUUUAAUCCUCGAUUUCAAUCAAAGCCAACUAUUGCUUUUCAGUAAAGAUGGCAUCUUCAUGAGAAUUGUGGUGACAUUUGAAGGCUCUCCACAUAAUCUUUGCAUUGUUAGAAAUAAUACAGCAGCCAUUUCAUUAGCAAGAAUAGAGCAGUUAGCACUGGUUGAUAUAGAAAAGAACAAAAUCAUUAAAACAAUUGAACUUUCUCAUGACUGCCGUGGAGUAACGAGUGACAGUCAAAUUUUGGUAGUCAUUGGUGAAAAAAAAUGUACUAUAGUUAAUCUGAAAGAUAUGUCCCAUAAAAUCUUAGAAGGAGUUGGCGGAAACUAUAUUUCUAUAUUCAAAGAAAAGAUUUACUGCACUGGCUUGAUUGAACAAAAAGUGAGUUGUUACCAAACGACUGGAGAACCUCUGUGGACAUUUAUGCACAAUGAUAUUAAAUCUCCGACUGGACUUGCAUUGGACAUUAAUGGCUUUGUUUACGUGGCUUCUUUUGAAACAAAUAAAAUUGUAGUGGUGUCACCUGAUGGAAAAACAAGUAAAACAAUACUUUCAGAUGCUAAUGGAAUAAUUAAUCCUACAGGACUAGACAUAAACAGAGGCACAGGAAUGAUGGUUGUUGCUUGUUCAAUGAGUGGUUAUUUACCAAAAAUGUUGCUUUUUAAAACUUAAAAAAUAUGUUAAUUGUAGAACCAUAUCAAAGAUGUUAAAUGUCUUUGUCAGGAGCAAGCUUCAGUUCUAAAUAUCUCAAUUUUUCUCAUUUCAAAUAUUUCGGUAUUUACAGUUGAAUAAUUUUCAAUGAAUCUGUCUGAAAUAAAGCAGGUACAAAAAUGUAUUGAAUAUUGAAGAAAAUUAAGAAUAUGGCAUGAAUGUGUCUACAUGUCACCAUGCCAUGUAGGCACUAUUACAUUUCCAGAUUUCGUUUCUAUGUAUGUUGGCGUUUGUUUUUGUUGCACUUCAGUUUUCCUGUUGUUCCUUUGUUUUCCUCUUAUGGUUGAUGUGUUUCCCUCGGUUUUAGUUUGUGACCCGGAAUUGUUUUCUCUCAAUCGAUUUAUGGCUUUUGAACACCGGCAUACUACUACUACUGUUGCCUUUAUUUAGGAACCCAAAUACCCGAGUCAAAACUCUAAUUUGGCCUACUUUGUAAAACGUUCAAAUCCCAAUGAACAUGUUAAAAUGAAGGCUUUUUUAUUUUUACUUUGAAAACUUCGGGUUUCUCAAAAAUGAACGUUACAUGACCAAUUCCUGAGGAAUUUGCAGUUUUGACUUAUUACAAUGGUUGCAGUUUUUAGCAGUUUUUAAUCUUUAAAUUAUUAUUAUUGCGAAAGAAAUGAAACAUCUACAAAAUCAAUUUCUCUUGUUCAAGGUAUUUAAACUUUUGUCAGUUCUUUUGUCCCAUUGAAUAAAUACAAUAGCUAUGGUUCUCUGUGUAGUUUAUUCACUUGGACCUUUAACUUUCUUCUAAGGGAAAUCCAUCACUCAUUGAUUAAUUUACCUGAAGACAAUAUCUAUCUGCUAAGUAAAUCAAAAUACAUGUACCAAUUCACAAAUCAGCAUGCAAUGUUGUAUUUAUUCAAUAUCAAUAAUAGAUUUUCAACUUGUUCAAUAUAACCACUAAUUUAAUCAUUAAAAGUAGAUUUUUGACAAAUUUUUAGCAUUGUUUUCCUCAGAAGGCCUUUAUUUGAACAUCGUUAUUUUCAAGUUUUUAACUGGAUUUCCGAAAGAAAAAUCGGUUAUUGAUUAGGGGAUGUACGGCGGGCGGGCGGGCGACUGCCAAACAGUGUCCGUUCAUUAACAUGAAAACGCUUUGACGAAAUCUUUUCAAAUUUAGAUAUGUUGUUUUCUUAAUGAAGGUCAAGUCCGAUUUUCACGAUUUUAGCUUUUAUAGUGUUGAGUUGUAGACCUUCCAAUAGCGAAAAGUGAUACUUAGACCGUUGUCUGUGCAAUAACUUGAAAACUCUUCAGUGAUCUCCAUGGAUGAAAAUUUAACGAUGGAAGAACUUUCACCAUGACAAAACCCCACGUCUAUAAAAAAUAUUUCAUUCCUCCAUUUCCAUGUGAGGAAUGGUGAAUAGACUAAUAUAUUGCUUAUUAUAUUUAUUUCAUUAUAAAGUAACCAAUAUUUUCAUUAAUUGUCAUUCGUAAUAAUUCCAAUGCCAAGCCUGCAUGACUCCCCCUUAGCCAAGAAUGACCACAAGCUGUCCUAAAGGUUCACAUGUCGUUUUCUUGCUAUUUUGGUAUUUGUUUAGGGCUUAAAAAUCGGGGGAGAGGGAUAGUUUUUUCAUUGUCAAAUCAGAAGUCUUGAGCCGGUAUCGACGAUUUGCUGCAUCAACAACAAGUUUUGUACCCGUUUUGUAAAACGUUGAAGAAAGAUUUGGAGGGUAAACGUUUACAACUUAAAAUGCUUUAAUGACUUUAAAUUUCAAAUUUCAUAGUAAUAUACUAUGCAACAUGCAUCUUGCGAUUCUGAAUGGAAAAACCGGAUGCUUAAUUUUCCAAACAUUAGAAUAUGUUUUCUCUGAAAUUUUGAGUCAGUAAUGAGGAAACUUUUUACGAAUAUGUUUUGAGGUUUAAAAAAAUAAAUAAAUAUAGGUACUCAUCAGAGAAAAAAAAUGAAAUUAUUAUCAAAAAUAAAUUAAAAUUAAGAAAACAAUUAAAUCCUAGGUUUCGAGACUUGUGUAGUUGGCAAAUAAUCCAUUGCAGCUUGACACACAUGUAUCUGCCUUAUUGAUAAAAUUUACUUUGGCAUCAAUGUCUAUUGUCCUACAUUGUGGACCAAAUUGUAAUGAAAAUCCUGCAGUUGAAAGCUUUGUGUGCAUUUUUCCAUUAU